UUAAGCUUUUCCAUAAUGGCCGAUAUCAAUUCUUAACGAAAAAGUGUUUAAAAAGUAUUUUAAUUUCCUAAAUUAGUAAGCAUAUAUUGAUGAUCUCUUUACUAAUGACAAUGAAACGGAAGAUGAUAAAGAUAUAAUAAAAUUGUAUAACACUGCCAAGAGAGAAAGGAAAACAAUUGAGGCCCACAAAUAACUAUUAGACAAUAGAGUAGCAUUAUUGAAAUAGGAAGAAAUACGCACUCUAAAAAAAAUAGAAGAAACCAGAAAAAAAGCUUUAGAGAUUUAUUAUUUAAAGAAAAAAAAUGAAGAGAAACUUAAAAAAGUAAAUGUUUUAUGAUUCAAUUUAGAGAGAGGAAGAAAAGGAAUCUCUAUAAAAAAAAUAAGAAUAAUAACAACAAAUUAGAAAAUAAUAAGAAAAAGAGCAUAAAUUAUUAAUUUAGAAGCACAGAAAUGAAAAAGCACAAAAAGCCUUUAUAAUAAAAGAACAAUCCAAGAAAAUUGAAUUGAAAAAAUAAAAUAUUUAGAAACAAUCCUUGACUUCUUUGAAGGAAAAGAAUUAAAUUAUUAGAGAAUCCAGAGAUAUAAAUAGAGUUAUGGAAAGAAUAUAGAUGGAAAAGAGAGAAGCAAUUAAGGUUUAAUUAGGAAAAAAGCUAGAUUCUGAACAAAAGCUUAAAGAAUUUAAGCAAAAAGGUACUUGUUACAAAUAUAAUUAGAAAUUGAGUAAAUCGAAACUUAUGAAAUGGAUUUGCUAUAAAAAUUGUAAAAUACAUAAUAAAUGUAAAAAACAGCCUUUGAAGAAUUAGAAUCAGCUUUGACUAUGACAGCCAAGGAAUUUGCUGAAAAAUAUUUGCAACCUAAAUAAAAGGAGUAAGUAAACAAGUUAAAUUUAGUGAUUAGAAUAAGGAAAUCUCAAAUUUUAAUUCAGAUGAUGAAGAAGCUAAUAAAGAUAAAGAGCGUCCUCACUUAAGUUAACCCUCCUAGGACUAGUCUUCGAAAAUUUCUAUAUAAUAGAUUAAUGAAAUUAAUGAUUAACAUCAAUAACAUGAUUCUAAAUAAGAUGAAGAUAAUGAUUAAAAUGAGAAUCAGAAUUAAAAUACAAAGGAGGAAAUCAAUUAAUAAAAUUAAAAUAAUAUUUAACUAGAUGAAUAAAAUAUAAGUUAAAAUGGAGAUCAAAAUGAGAUUCCAAAUAUUCUGGAAUCUCCAAAAAAUAAAAUAGAGUAGGAUGUUCAAGAAGAAAUAUAGAAUGAAUGA